CCACCAUCCAACAUUCGGCUAUUGAAGAAGGAGAAACGCUUGGAGCUUUUAUAUGAUGAGGGCCAAAAGAUCUCGCUGCCAGCAGAGCUGCUGCGCGUGUGCAGCCCCAGCGCUGACACCAGGCGACUAAUUCCUGCUACUGGCCGCGAACGGGUGGUCGCGGGUCGCCGCCAUGUUGGCAUCAUGUCCAUUGAACCAGUCGGCAACUACGCCAUCCGGAUCCAUUUUGACGAUCUGCACAGCAGUGGCAUCUUCACGUGGGACUAUCUGGCCCAACUUGGCGGCCCGGGCAGGUGGCCGGCGAUGCGCGAGUACCUACGCGGGCUGCGGCAGGCAGGGCUGAGCCGUGAUCCGCAG